AUGGCCUCAUGCGAGUCCACUGCUGUGUCAAGCAGCCUGUUGAUCACAAUCGGACUUUCUUUCCCAGACACAAAGGAUGGACACAUAUUUACGACGGGGAGACGGCGAGGAGCUGUGGCUCAACGACCCAUGCAGUUUUCACGAUACGACGCCCUCAGCCGUCUGAAGAAAGGCAGACUAACCAUAAACCGAGACUUGGCCCUUUCCAAUAUGCAGACUUCCAACAAGCACUCAAUACGGCCUGACCAUCGCCAACUUGCAGCAAACCAAUGCACGGGUCGUUGGGCUGUCUCGACCCAUUCGAUCCUCUGGGCGCUUUCUGCCCCCAGUGGUCUCCAGUGCACUCCACGCAUGUCGACGCGGCCGGGCGGAGCUGUCGUCAAGGAUAAGCCUCGAUGCCCUGCACUUCACCACAUCGGGCAGCCCGGCGACCGGGCGGCCCUCCCCCAGUUCCCCGGGGCAAGGCAGCCUAAGCCUAGGUCCCUAGGACUCAGGAGGCCAAGGUCACAGAGGGUGUACGCUGUAUCGAAUGGUCCACUUGACGCGGUUGCGUCGAGAGGACAUGGGAAGUCGACGGAUACUGAGGAAAAAAGAACGCUGGCGACGGGAGUCGGGCCAAUAGUCGAUUCCCUUGAACGCCUUCGGGGCCGCCAUGGGCAGGGCCAAGCCUUUCAACGGUCUGACGGCGGCUCAUCAUCAACUACCUACUCCAGUGCACGGAGUAUUCACACAUCUAUAUCCGCAUGUGCCAACGGCGAGGUGGCAAUGACAGCUCGACGCCAUGCAGCCUGCACAUGCAACGGGCGUGAUCUCACCUCACCAGAGGUACUGUCUUCCAAGUUGCAGCUGCACGCAAGGCCGUUGCCCUUUGAACUCGCUUAG